UCUACUGAGAGCAAACAAUUAAUAAUGAUUUAUGUAUUAUUGGUGUUAUUAAUUUCAUGUUUUGAUAGUUAUGUGAAUGCAUAUUGUGCAAUUAAUGUUCCAACAAUUGAUUGCGAUUCCACAUCAACUCUUAGUGAAAUCAAUAAUUUAUUGCCUACAAUACGGGCUGCAAUAACAGAAUUAAAUUAUGCUGGAACCAAAGACACAAAACUUACUACGGAAUCAUUUAAAUUACCUGAAUUACAAGCAUUAAUCAUUCACGAUACAAAUAUUCAAGAAAUUCAAGAAGAAGCCUUUGCAAACUUAGAUUUUUUAAUACAUUUAACAUUAGAAGAAAAUAAACUUUAUUCUGAAAUUCAACCAAAAACUUUUAUUGGCUUAGUCCAAUUAACAGAAUUAACAAUUACUAAAUGUCCAGUAGAAGUAAUUAAAAAAGAUACCUUUCAAGGUCUUGCAGAUUUGGAAACAUUAAAUCUACAAGAUAAUCAAAUACGUGUUUUAGAAGUCGACGCAUUGGCCUCAUUACAAAACUUAAAACGUUUAAAAUUGAAUGAUAAUCAAAUUAAAGAGUUACCUAUGGAAAUUUUUCUUUAUAAAACACCAAAACUGGCGUAUUUAGAUUUACAUAACAAUAAAAUCGGGAAAAUUUCUCAAGAAGAUUUUAUAACAAAUCAAAAAACAAAAAUAGUUUAUGGAGCAAGAUUCAUGCAAAGAUUAUCAACAAUUGAAACAAUUAUUUUGGCUGGUAAUCCAAAUUUUCUAUUACAACCCAAUAAUUUUGAAAUAGAAAGCCUAGUCGAACUAGAUUUGUCUUAUAUGGGUCUAACGAUAAUUCCACAAAGCCACGUAUUUGGCUCCAAACUGGAGCAUUUAAAAUUAGAUCUGAAUAAUUUAACAAAGUUAACAAAUGGUGUUUUUGACAAUUUAAUUAAUUUAAAAAGUUUAUCGAUUAAACAUAAUUUAAUUAACUCAAUAGAUGAAAAUUGUUUUAGUAAUAUGACUGAGUUAACGGAUUUAGAUUUAUCUGAAAAUCAAAUUAACGAAUUAUCAAAAAUAUAUUUAAAAUCAUUGUUAAUCACCGGAAAUGAGAUUGUUAUGAUUCAGCCAAAAACUUUUGCAAAUUUAUUUAGCUUAACUACCCUCGAUUUGAGUAAAAAUAAGUUGCAAACAAUCGAUAAAGGUGUUUUUGAUGCACGAAAUAAAGAUAAUUAUUCAAAACUGACAUUGGUAGUAAUAAAUUACAAUGUUCUAACACGAUUAGGGAAUGAUAGUUUUCUACCAUUAACUCGAGUUACACAUCUUGAUUUGCGUUCAAAUAAAAUAAUGGAAAUUGAAGUGGGCGCUUUUCGUACAAUGGAAAUGGUAGAAAUAAUUAGUUUACGAUUUAAUUUAUUAGAAACUAUACCAAAUGGAUUAUUUACGAAUUUAGCAAAUUUAGAGGAAAUUGAUUUGUAUGGAAAUCGAUUAAAAAUAUUACCAGAUUAUAUAUUUUCAAAUUUACAAUCUGUAAAAUCUAUUAAUUUAAAUUAUAAUAAUUUAAAUUAUUUAUCUCCGCUUGCGUUAAAAGAUAGUUCCGUUAGGGAUUUAACAAUAUAUUUUAAUAAUGUAACAUUUAUUGAAGAUGAGUUUUUUAUAAAUUCCCAAUUGAAACGUUUCGUAUUUUACAAGAAUCCAAUCCAAUGUAAAUGUUAUUUUGAAUUAUUGAAUAUAUUACAAGAAUUGAAUAUUUUUCAAGGGUUUCAUGCACAAUCAAAAACUGGUGACAUACCAGUGUGCACAAAUACAAAUUUAGAUACUUGCGUUAAAGAUCCAAAUUUAAAUUUAGAUAUUUUUAAAUUCUAUUUUCAUAUGAUUAAAAUUACACCAAAACGAUGUAUUGAUCCAGAUCUUUGUUAACAAUAUUAGCUACAGGUUAUUUCAUUAUGAUAAGAAAUAGAAAUAUGGUGAAAGCGUUGUAAAUAUAAAUUUGGUAUUUGC